CUGGGACAUUAAUGAUUGGUGCACAACUACUUCGCCAAGCCACAUAACAAAAAGUCACAUUUAGGAGUUGCUUGUUGUAAAAAAUUUAAAAAAUAUAUUUGACUCCUCUCUACUAAAAGCGUCUAAUGAGAUGAACGGUUGUCAAAAAGAAGGUCCCCUUCAGCAGAGAGGAGGCUCAUCUUUGAAGCAGAAGGAGCCACAGCCCCCCUGUGUUAAGGAGGAAGAGGAGGAAGUGUGGAUCAGUCAGGAGGGAGAGUGUCUUCUGGGGCAGGAGGAGCCUGAUCUCACCAAGUUUCCACUGACUGUUGUCUCUGUGAAGACUGAAGAACAUGAAGACAAACCACCGGAGUCCUCACAUCUUCAUCACAGUCCAAACAUCCAACAGCUGAUUGGACGUCAGGAAGAACGUGUCCCUCAACCGCAGAAGGAGAGCUUCACUUUAAAGCAGAAGGAGCCACAGCCUCUCCAUUUUAAAGAGGAAGAGCCACAACUCCCUCAUAUUAAAGAGGAUAACAGCAAACUGCCCCCUCGUUUAAAAGGGGGUGAGCCAAAGCCUCUUCAUGUUAAAAAGGAAGAGUUGGAGCCAAAGCCCCCACAUGUUAAAGAGGAAGAGGAGGAAGUGUGGAUAAGUCAGGAGGAAGAGUGUCUUCUAGGGCAGGAGGAGGCUGAUCUCACCGAGUUUCCACUGACUGUUGUCUCUGUGAAGACUGAAGACCAUGAAGUCAAACCACCUGAGUCCUCACAGCUUCAUCACAAUCCAAGUGAGGAGAACAUAGAGGUGGGACCUUCAAGCAGCAGCUCACCAAAACACAUGACAACAGAAGCUGAUGGAGACCACUGUGGAGGAUCACAAGCAGACAAGAUCUUAGCUCCGCUAUCAGAUAGUGACGACACAACAUCACACUCUAAUGUAAAUAUGGAAUCACACCUGAGAACACACAUAGAAGAAAAACCUUUCAGUUGUUCAUUUUGCGGUAAAGGAUUCAUGAACAAAGGUCAUAUGCAUGCACACAUGAGAACACACACAGGAGAAAAACCCUUUGGUUGUUCAGUUUGUGCAAAAGGCUUUGUUGUAAAAUCUAAUUUGACUCGACAUAUGAAAAUACACACAGGAGAAAAACCUUUCAGUUGUUCAGUUUGCUGUAAAACAUUCUCUGUCAAAGGUCAUAUGCAAACACACAUGAGUACACACACAGGAGAAAAUUAUUUCAGUUGUUCAGUGUGUGGUAAAAAAUUUGUUUACAAAUCUAAUAUGCUAAUACACGCAAGUAAACACGCAGGAGAAAAACCUUUUGCAUGUUCAGUGUGCGGUAAAAGUUUCUUUACCAAACAUCAUAUGGAAAGACACAAGACAACACACACAGGUGAAAAACCUUUCAGUUGUUCAGAGUGUGGUAAAAGAUUCUCUCACAGAAGUAAUAUUCAAAGACACAAGAGAAGACACACAGAAGAACAAGCUUUUAGUUGUUCAGUGUGCGCCAAAAGAUUCUCUCACAAAAGUAGCAUGCAAAGACACAUGGGGACACACACAGGAGAAAAACCUUUCAAUUGCUCAGUGUGUGCUAAACGAUUCUCUCACAAAAGUAGCAUGCAAAGACACAUGGGAACACACACAGGGGAAUAACUGUUCCUAUUUGAAAGUCAUCCAUGAAUGAACCUAAUAGUCACUGAAUGUCUGUUGCAGGGCUUCUCUAAAGUCCAGAUUUCGGUCCAGAUUUGCCAAUUCGCACCCAGCCAGCCCACCUGUUCAAACUAUGUGUAAUGUCACAGUGACCAGAAAUAUUAAAUA